AUGGCUCGUUUCAGUUUAACUGGGUAUUCAAAUGACUUUAGGUCUUUGAGCCCCACUGUGGGACUAUUCAUUCUGACUACAUUCAUUUUCAGCUCUGUACCAUGGGUGUUGACUGCUAUCUCAAAUAAAUAUGGCUCUCUUGGUUUUAGUCUUUAUUCAGAAAUGCUCAUGUGGUGUCCAGGACUCGCGGCAUUCCUCACUUUGUUAUACAAUAAAAGACCCAUUGCUUCUCUUAGAUGGAAUUGGCCUACCAAUUACUAUGUUUUGUUGAGUUGGCUCUUGCCAAUUGCCUAUACUCUACUUUCCUAUAUUGGUGUAUGGACUAUUGGCAAAGGUAAAUUCCCUAAUCGCCUGACUAUGGACGAGUUUGCUAUUCGUUUGGGUCUUGGGUUAUCCCCACUGGCGUCGACUAUCAUUUAUGUUCUACUCGAGGGUACCUUUGGAAUGUUUCCAGCGAUUUCUUCGGCUCUUGGUGAAGAAAUUGGUUGGAGAGGUUUCUUACUCCCCGAACUGGUGAAAUCAUACAGCUUCACGGCCUCCUCGAUUUUUGUGGGUUUGGUUUGGUCGGUAUGGCACUAUCCAUUGAUUUUGACUAGCGAUUUCUAUAGCUCCACUGCACCAGUCUGGUACCAGCUGAUAUGCUUCACUGUCUAUGUCACCUCUCUCUCUGUAAUCUUCGGGUGGAUUCGCCUGAAAUCUGGUAGUCUUUGGACUGGUGCCAUUCUCCAUGCUAGCCAGAACCUAUACAUGCAGGUCUUCUUGACCCCAUUGACGGCCAACACGGGACACACUGCUUGGUAUAUUGAUGAGUUCGGUGUUGCCCUUCCAAUCACUUCGCUCAUCACCGCUAUUUACUUCUGGGGUCGACGCCAUGAGCUGGAGUUGGGCGUGAGAUUGCCUUUGCAAGAGGUAUAG